AUGGACAAUACAACAAAUCUUCCAACCCAAGCAAAUAUGGAUGACCCUGGAAUGGAAACCGAUCCAAACUCCCUACAAAAUAUCAAAAUUCUCCCAUUAAAUUCUUCUAUACCAGUCUUACAGCCAGAAAAUCCAACUUCUGGUCGCACAACCACAGCGAUCCACCUUGAUAUCGAUCCUUCACAAUAUAUAAUCUUUCGCAACAUGCUCUCCAAGACUUGCAAGAAUCUCGGAUUGAGAAUGGAGGUUGAUUAUGCAACAAUGUCAGAUAUCGCGAGAAUACAAGUUGGUGUGAUUAAAAAGAGACCCGCGAACAUUGCAGCAGAUGAUUCGAUUAGGUCCAGGACAAGAUCAGGAGGGAAGACUUCAAAUUCCACGAGUUACAAGGAAAACGAUGAACGCAUCGAUGGCUUUGAGAAGUCAGACUCCGAACACGUGGACAUGGACCACGCAGAUCCUGAACAUGGGAUUUCCGAACCUAGCACUUCCGAGCCUGGUACCACUGAACUAGAUUCUUCGACUACACCAGUAUCGCUUGAUAAAGUUAGGAAAGUCGAUACUAUGUUCACCAAAACAGAACUUAUUGCUUUGGGUGUAGCAUACUCGGUGGUACCAUCUUGGCCACUUGUAGCUGAAUACUUCCCUCACCGCACGCAAAGAUCGCUUUACCAGACAUUCAAGCAUACAUUUACUCACUCCGGUAACGGACAUGAGUUGGCUCGCGAUAGCUUUCCACCUGGAGCCGAUAUUCCCGAACUGAGAAAGAAAUUUAAAACAUUAAGAAAGCUUGGGAGUCGCACACGGCGAGUACUGGCGGAAGAUUUACCAAAAGAGUAUGGGAGAGAUAUUAUUAGGGGCCAUCUUUCUCUUUCAAGAUGGCAAAAGAAUAAUAGGAAGCUGUCGGAAAAUGGUGAACUGACUUUUGAGGCAAGGCCUCUUUCAUCUCGCCAAGAACGUGAACAAGCGCUACAAGAGGAAUGGGAAGACGAGGAUGAUGACUCCGACUUUGAAGAUAUUCGAACUGCCGGCGCGGCCAUGGUCAAAGAAGAAAAUGCGAGUCAACCAACCAUUAUUAAGGCGGAUCCAGACCAAACAGAUCAGUCUCGACUCUCGAAUAUCCAAAAAUCUUCAAUCAUUGAUCUAGAGGCGUCCACUCGAUUCUCUGAGUCGAGUCCUGAUGCGAAUAUUCGAAACCCAAGUGAUUCAACAAAGCUUCAAUCUAAAUCGGCACUCGAAAUUAGCAAAAGUCAUUUGAUUGAGCAACUUUCUCAGUGCCAGAAUGAAGAGGAGUUGUGCCGAGUUUUGGUGAAGGGGCUGGAGAUCGCUAAAGAGGAUCCAGAUGAACCUUGCAGAAAGCGCAAACCUGGGCGCCCAACGAAGAGAAAAAGGGGAAGCUCUGACUUGACUUGA